CGAAAGAAGGAAAUAGAUGGCGAGCCACCGUGAAGACUGAACUUGGAUCUCCUUUCUUACCUUCCAUUGGAUUUGCAUCGUUCCGCCGUUUUCGUUUAUCUGUGGGAGUUCUUCUUUGUGAACUUAAGGACUGAGGCCCACACAGAACACAUGGACACAGAUGAUCUGUAAUAUACAAAAGCCAAUUCCCUCAUCUCCCGGUUUGAAGAGUUGUUGUCGUCUGGCUGUGAGUGACUGAUUUUUCUGAUCUUCUCCUCUCGCUGUUGCUUCUGAGCACCUGAAAAAUAACAAAAAGAAACUCACAAUCUGACAACAAGAGAGAACAGUAUUUUUCUUAGAAUCUGUGCUUCACUAGAUCUUCUAGAUCUAGAGAUUUGACAAUCAAGAUGCUACUGCUCACUGAAGCUUUUCUUCUCAUUUUAGCUGCCCUAGCACAGGAUCACAGAACUGCUGUUGAAGGACAGAUAUUUUCACUGGAUAUGGCACCGAAUUCUGUCGAUGACCAAUAUGACGGUUGUACUAUGGAAAUGGCAAAUCUGGUGAAGACAUUUCUAAAGAAGGAAAGAUCUGGAUCAGCUGAAUUUAAUAACACUUGGGAAGAAGGUGAAGAGAAUGCAAGAAAAGCAGAGGAUAACUUGCAGCAGAUUCAUUCCGUCGAGAUUUAUGUUUACACUAACAAAGACUCUAGAGUAUAUAGUAAUUUCACUAGUGCCACUCGUACUGAAAAACAGAAAUACAGAGAGGGGACAUUCAAAUGGUAUUCACUUCACUUUCUGUUAACAGAAGCGAUACAGAUUUUGAAAAAAAAAGAAAAUAGAUGCUAUGUAACUUAUCGUGGUACAAAUGUUAAAUUUGAUGUUAAGAGCAAAGAGGUUCGUUUGAGCUCAUUUUCAUCCUCCUCUCUUGAUCGAACCGUAAUACAGGGUUUUGGAAAUAAAUCUUGUUUUGUAAUCUACACUUGUGAAGGUGCUAAUCUGACAAAAUACUCUAAGUAUCCCAAUGAGAGAGAGGUGCUGAUUCCUCCAUAUGAGAAGUUUAAAGUCACUGCUGUCAAAAAUAGGACAGAUCAGCCUGAUCUCUGGUGUGAAACUGUGUUUGUGUUGAACAGCACUGGAAAAAGUGACCUGAGUUGUGCAUUGUUUAACAGUGGAAACCAUUCUGCCUUCUUUAAUGUUCUACUAAUUUUGCAAAUAUUAUUUUACAAAGUGUUUACCUGAUAACAGGUUUAUUUUACAUUUCACGUUGUUACUAAAAUUUGAAUUUCUUGUCAUGCUUAAUUUAAUGUAAUAUUCCAGGAACAGUAUAAUACUAUUUAGUACUGAUGGGAGUAAAGAAGCUUUUCUAAAAAAAAAAAAAAAAAAAAUCUUUGUUUUUCUCAACUUGUGUAAAUUAACUUUGGUUUUAAAAGUGUUUUUUAUUUUACAUUAAAUUUAGACACUUGGUAUGAUUAUGUGGUCUUGCUGCAUGAACACAUUGUAUCCUCUAGGCGAGCGUACAAAGUAUAAAGCUUAAGGCAUGUUAUAACAUGUUUAUGUGACUGUUUAAAUCUUAAUGUGAAUGUAUAAUAAAG